AUGACACAACAGGCUACGCGACAUGCUCGGCGUGUCUAUGUGGGUGGACUUCCUCCAACUGCUAAUGAGCAGACCGUUGCCAUAUUCUUCAAAGGAGUUAUGGCUGCUAUUGGAGGAAACACAGCUGGUCCAGGUGAUGCUGUUCUUAGUGUCUACAUAAACCAGUGGUCAGAACUUGGUGUACUCAGUAAUUUCUAUACAUUCCUAUAG